AUGCAACGAAAUACAUUACGUACCUAUUUUAUUCUUAUUUUUACUUCAUUACUAAUCAAGUCUACUCAUUCAAUCAUUCUAACAAAUUUAUGCUCUGGUACUUCGUGCAAUUGUACACUAACUGAUUACAUAGAUUUAGAGAUUAUCUGUGAUCCAGCGAUAAAUAUUACUGAAAUACCUAUAAUUAUCAAUAAUACAUUUCAAACAAAUGUUACUCAAUUACGUGUUGCUUCAUCAAUAUCUGGUAUGCGUGGUCCUUUAACAGUAUUACCAGUAGAUAUUUCGAUAUCGUAUCCAAAUAUUGCUAUACUUGAUCUAUCAUUUAAUAUGAUAAGUGGUUUUUUAAAUACAUCUAAACUUGAAAGUUUAGGUUUAAAUUUGCUCCAAGUCGAUUUUUCGAAUAAUUUCAUAACUGAAAUUGAUAUAAAUUUUUUUAAUGGAAAUAUAAAUUUACAAUCAAUAGAUUUUUCUCAAAAUAAUUUAACAACAAUGCCUAUGAUUGAUGCAAAAGUAUUUCUUAAUUUUUCUACAACAAUUCAAUCAAUGAAUUUUAGUUAUAAUCAAAUAACUGAUGUUGAUCUUUGGCCUUUAUUUGUUAAAACUCAAAAUACAAUGACAAUUGAUUUAAGUCAUAAUUUAAUACGAAAUUAUACAAAUGAAAUUCCUAUAUCACUUAGUCAGUUUACUGAAACACCUGAUCCACGAUAUUUUUAUGUAAAUGAUAAUCAAAUUGAACGUAUAUCUGAUCUUUUACUUGAACAAUAUGGCGCAUGUGAAACAAGUAGUUUUUUAGGUAUAGCUUAUUUUGUCGUUGGAAUAUCAAAUAUGUUAGUAACAAAUAAUCCUUUAAUAUGUGAUUGUCAAUCAUAUUAUUUAAUAACAUAUAUUAAUGAUCAAAUAAAUGAUUUUCCAGAAAUUAAUCAUCGUACAGCAUUAUUAACACAAGCAACAUGCACAUCACCAUCAUCAACAAUUGGACAAAAAUAUAUAUUUUCAAAUUUUACGGAAUCAAAUGCAUGUAUAAAUUAUACUUUACCGGAUAUAACAGAUAUUUUUUGUUCUGUUUAUGCAAAUGAAACAAUUACAACUUUAUCACCGCCAACAUAUUGGCCAACUACAACUACAACUACAUCAACUACAUCAACAACAGGAAUUAAUGGAAAUUUAACAACAACUAAUUCAGAAGGAGGAAAUAAUAGUUCAAAUAAUCAAGCAAAUAGUUCAUCAAAUUCAACUUCACCAUCAUGGUAUAUUAUAUUAGGAAUUGUACUUGGUCUUGCAUUAAUUAUCUUUUUGAUUGUACUCAGUAUUUUCUUAUGUAAAGAUCGAUUAUUACCAAAACAUUUUCGUUCAAAAUUAUUAAAUAAUCGUAAUAAUAAUUUAAAUAAUUCUUAUGAACCAAUGAAUCCAAGUAGUGAAGCAUCAUCACAAAAACUUUUUCCAUUACAUGGAAUUCAACCACGACGAGCUUCAUUAGCAACAUCAACAGAUGGUCAAGAUAAUCGAAUACUUCAAUUAGGUAAUAAUGGUAGCGCAUAUUUAAAUCAUACAUCACUAAAUGAUCAUCAUGAUUAUCCCAAUCAAGAAACUCAAACAUCUUUUCAAAUUACUCGUUCAAAACCACCUCCUGGUCCAAAACGAGAUUCUCAACGAAAUCUUCCGAAAAAUUCAAAUCGUAAACGUCAGUCAUCACCAUUACAAUUAAAUAGUGUUGCAACAAAUACAGCAAAUGGUAUUAAAGGUAUUCCUAUAUCAUCAGUAUCUUUAAAAAUUUCACCGUCCAAUUCAAAUACAUCGGAAUUAAAUGUAACAUCAAUUCCACUUGUACCAUCGAAACGAGCUAAAAUUUUACCACAAGUUAAAAAUGGAGUAUAUGCUGAUUCGAAAAAUACGAAUUUAUUAAAUACAUCAGCUAGUGCUGUUAUUACAAAUGAAAGACAACGACGUCGUAGUUCAUUAUGGUUACGUCGACAAUAUCAAAAUAAAAUAACGCCACCACCAGCCCGACCACAAUCAAUGGUAACACAAAAAACUGAUUUUAAUCAAGAGAAAUCAACAAAUGAAAUAGACACUUCAAUUCCAACUAUGGAAAGUCUAACUAAGAAAUCAUCGAAACCUACACGAACUCUCCCAUUACUUAAUAUUACUGUUGUACCCGCUUGGAUUGAUGAUAAUAUCGAUAAACAAUGA